AUGGGAAUAUCACGGCGUCCCAGGGAUAAAGCUUCCCGUAAUGUGCAGGCCGGCGGUUCGACUGCCCAAGGGUCUGGCGGCAACAGACCCAAGAAGGCAACUUUUGAGGCGACAAAGAAAAGAGAGAUUGGGGUUUCAGACUUGACAUUGCUGAGCAAGGUCUCCAACGAAGCCAUCAAUGAUAAUUUAAGGAAGCGAUUUGAAGGCGGCUCGAUUUACACCUACAUUGGCCAUGUUUUGGUCUCUGUCAAUCCAUUCCGUGACCUUGGUAUCUACACCGACCAGGUUCUCGACAGCUACAAGGGCAAAAACCGCCUGGAGAUGCCGCCCCACGUUUUUGCCAUUGCGGAGUCUGCCUAUUAUAACAUGAAAGCCUACCAUGACAACCAGUGCGUCAUCAUUUCAGGCGAAUCCGGCGCGGGCAAAACAGAAGCAGCUAAGCGUAUCAUGCAGUACAUCGCAAGCGUUUCGGGCGAGCAGUCUGGUGAUAUCAAGAAGAUUAAGGAAAUGGUUUUGGCAACGAAUCCACUGCUAGAGUCCUUCGGAAACGCAAAGACUCUGCGAAAUAAUAAUUCGUCUAGAUUUGGCAAAUACCUUCAGAUUCACUUCAAUUCUAGUGCUGAGCCAGUGGGAGCGGACAUUACGAACUAUCUCCUUGAAAAGUCCCGGGUCGUUGGACAAAUAACGAGCGAACGAAACUUUCACAUAUUCUACCAGUUCACAAAAGGAGCUUCACGGCAUUACCAAGAGCUUUUCGGAAUUCAAAAACCGGAAACCUAUGUCUACACUAGCCAGUCCAAAUGUUUUGACGUAGACGGUAUUGACGAUGUCGCCGAUUUCCAGGAUACCCUCAACGCCAUGAAGAUUAUUGGACUCGGUCAGUCCGAACAGGAUGAGAUAUUCCGCAUGCUGGCGGCGAUUCUGUGGAUAGGAAAUGUUCAAUUUCGCGAAGACGAUAAUGGCUACGCGGCUGUAGCCGACCAGUCUGUGGUCGAUUUUGUCGCGUAUCUCUUGGAAGUGACACCAGAUCAAAUAAUUCAUGCCAUCACCAUUCGAAUUCUGACACCGCGCAAUGGCGAAGUCAUCGAGUCGCCUGCCAACCCCUCCCAGGCCAUAGCCACCCGAGACGCACUGGCCAAGGCAAUAUAUAGCAAUUUGUUCGACUGGAUUGUGGAGAGAAUCAACAAGUCUCUCAAAUCGCGGCAGACUUCAGCAAAUACAGUUGGAAUUUUGGAUAUUUACGGUUUCGAGAUUUUUGAAAAGAACAGCUUCGAGCAGCUCUGUAUUAACUACGUGAACGAAAAGUUGCAACAAAUCUUCAUCCAGCUUACCCUGAAGACGGAGCAGGAAGAGUAUGCCCGGGAAAAGAUUCAGUGGACUCCUAUCAAAUAUUUCGAUAACAAGGUGGUGUGUGACCUCAUCGAACAGAUUCGGCCGCCGGGUGUUUUCUCAGCCAUGAAGGAUGCAACCAAGACGGCCCAUGCUGACCCUGCAGCGUGCGAUCGCACAUUCAUGCAGAGCAUAAACGGCAUGUCCCAUGCUCAUCUGACGCCACGUCAAGGGAGCUUCAUAGUGAAGCACUAUGCAGGAGAUGUCUCUUACACAGUUGACGGAAUUACGGAUAAAAAUAAAGAUCAACUGCUUAAGGGACUUCUGAACUUGUUCCAACAUAGUGGAAAUCAUUUUGUCCAUACCCUGUUCCCCCAGCAAGUUGACCAGGACAACAGAAAGCAGCCGCCAUCAGCAGGAGACAGAAUCCGAACCUCAGCCAACGCAUUAGUUGACACCCUAAUGAAGUGCCAGCCGUCCUAUAUUCGAACGAUCAAACCCAACGAGAAGAAGUCUCCAACGGAGUACAAUAGCCCCAAUGUUCUUCACCAGAUUAAAUAUCUCGGUUUGCAGGAGAACGUUCGAAUUCGACGAGCUGGGUUUGCGUAUCGUCAAUCCUUCGACAAGUUUGUCGAGCGGUUUUUCCUCCUAUCACCAGCCACGUCAUACGCAGGCGAAUAUACUUGGCAAGGGUCUACGGAGGAUGCAGUGAAACAGAUUUUGAAGGAUACCAGCAUUCCGAAAGAAGAAUGGCAACUAGGAGUCACCAAGGCCUUCAUUAAAGCCCCCGAAACCCUCUUUGCACUGGAGCACAUGCGAGAUCGGUACUGGCACAACAUGGCCACCCGUUUGCAGAGAAUGUGGCGCGCCUAUCUAGCCUACCGUGCCGAAUCUGCUACCCGUAUUCAACGAAUGUGGCGGAAAAAGCGUACGGGAGCGGAGUACCUACAGCUUCGAGACCACGGACAUAAGUUACUACAAGGCAAGAAAGAGCGCAGACGAAUGAGUCUGCUAGGAUCCCGGAGGUUCUUGGGUGACUACCUUGGCAUAAAUGCAACGGCCGGGCCCGGUGCGCAGAUUCGAAGAGCUGUCAAUAUUAGUUCCAAUGAUCGUGUGGUAUUCUCCUGUCGCGGAGAGGCUUUGGAGGCGAAGUUCGGACGCUCCAGCAAACCUAGCCCGCGACUUAUCAUUGUCACAAACAGCAAGUUCUAUGUCAUAGCUCAACUGCUUGCCAACGGUCAGGUACAAAUCGCGACAGAACGAGCCAUUCCACUUGGCGCCAUCAAGUUCGUGGGAACAUCCACUUGCCGGGAUGAUUGGUUUUCGCUUGGAGUUGGGUCUGCUCAAGAAGCCGAUCCGCUGUUGAACUGCGUAUUCAAAACAGAAAUGUUCACGCAGAUGGAGCGGGCUAUGCCUGGCGGUUUUAAUCUCAGGAUUGGAGAUGUAAUCGAGUAUGCGAAGAAACCUAAUAAGCUUCAGCAAGUCAAGGUACUUCAAGACUCUCAACAGUCAGUAGACUACUAUAAGAGUGGCGCGGUUCAUACUCAACGAGGUGAACCACCAAACUCUGUUUCGCGGCCUAUGCCACGAGCUAAACCGGUUCCCCCGCGUCCAAUCACUCGUGGCAAGUUGAUCAGACCUGGCGGGCCUGGCGGCCGGCCCUCCAGACUCAAUGGCAACCGGCCGACGCAGCCCCUACCUGGAGCCGGACCUAGGGUCGUAGAACAACCUCACUCGGUGCUUGCAUCAACUUCUGCGACAGCCGCGAUAUCUGUUGGCACGGCCAACGCACCAAACCUGGGAGCAGCUAGUACACCCAUUUUCAAGAAUAUAAAGAACCCGGCCAUUGUCAGUGGAGGAGCUACCCGAGCGCCGCCGCCGCCGCCUCCUGCUGCCGCCAUCCCAGCUAGACCUAAAGUCACAGCGAAAGUGCUUUACGAUUUCCAGGGUCAAAAAGAGAACGAGCUUUCCAUCAAAGCAGACGACAUAUUGGAGAUCAUUCAAAAAGAGAAUAAUGGUUGGUGGUUGGCGAAGAAUGACCACGGUCAGGCAUGGGUUCCGGCCGCGUAUGUUGAGGAACAAGCGGCGCCGGCACCCAAACGACCUCCAGGUCCGCCUGCGCCCAAAACGAGACCAGCACCUCCUGCGCCUCCUGCGAAGCGUCCCGCAGCGGGACGGAAGCCUGCCGAGUUGGCACAACGGGAUUCUGGUCUCGGUCUGAAUGGCGCAAGCGGCUCAGAAGGUAGCCGGAGCAACACCCCCACUCCGAGUCUUGGAGGAAGCCUAGCUGAUGCCCUCUUGGCACGAAAGAAUGCCAUGCAAAAAGAGAAAGACGAGGAUUGGUGA